GCCCACCCCGGGCCGGGUCCGAACAACGGGGUAUGGGGAAGAGCGGGGCUCACAGCCCGGGGAGGAGGACAAGGCACAGGGAGGAAGCGGACAUCCCCUCCCUCCUGGCUUCCCCACUGCUUCCCGAGUAACCUUUUGUGGGCUGUCGCUGGGUUUGGCACCGUUGGAGGACGAGGGCAGGUGCAGCAGGUCGAGUACCUGCAGUCGUCCCUGCCACCAAAGCAAUGAUUGUGCGCUUCCUGACCAAGAGAUUCAUUGGCGAUUAUGAACCGAAUACAGGCAAGUUGUACUCACGGCUUGUGUGUGUCGAGGGAGACCAGCUGUCCCUGCAGAUCCAGGACACCCCCGGGGGGAUCCAGGUCCAAGACAACCUCAUGCAGGUGGUCGACUCCCUGUCCAAAUGCGUACAGUGGGCAGAGGGCUUUCUGCUGGUCUAUUCCAUCACAGACUACGACAGCUACCAGUCGAUCCGCCCCCUUUACCAGCACAUCCGGAAGGUCCACCCUGACUCAAAGGCCCCUAUCAUCAUCGUGGGCAACAAGGGGGACCUUCUGCAUGCCCGGCAGGUGCAGACCGAUGAUGGUGUUCAACUAGCCAACGAGCUGGGCAGCCUGUUCCUUGAAAUCUCCACCAGUGAAAACUAUGAAGAUGUCUGUGAUGUGUUUCAACAUCUCUGCAAAGAAGUGAGCAAGCUGCACGGCCUCAGUGGGGAGAGGAGAAGGGCCUCCAUCAUUCCUCGGCCGCGCUCUCCCAACAUGCAGGACCUGAAGAGGCGCUUCAAGCAGGCUCUGUCUCCCAAAGUCAAAGCCCCCUCCUCACUGGGGUAAACUCACCUCAGACAGACUGCCUCCAUUUUAUUGUGCAUUUGUGCAGCUGAAAAGACUGGGGGAGGGGGGAGGUCUCCUUUAUAAUCACACAUUCAGAGUUUAUUUUUAUACAAACUAUUGGUUUGCAAUUGUAUGUGUAUUUCUGAAAAUUCAGUGAUUGCCUAGAAGUUGAAGAGUUGUUUUUUUAAAUAAAACUUUUUUUUUUACUGUAACUGCUAGCCACCCUUCCAUUAAAGGCAAAAUGGCAACA